ACAUAUUGGAGACGGGAAAAUAUAAUAUCUAAACCUAGUACAUAUUGGAGACAGGAAAAUAUAAUAUCUGAACCUAGGAUAUAUUGGAGACAGGAAAAUAUAAUAUCUAAACCUAGGACAUAUUGGAGACAGGAAAAUAAGAUAUCUAAACCUAGGACAUAUUGGAGACAGGAAAAUAUAAUAUCUAAACCUAGGACAUAUUGGAUACAGGAAAAUAAGAUAUCUAAACCUAGGACAUAUUGGAUACAGGAAAAUAUAAUAUCUAAACCUAGGACAUAUUGGAGACGGGAAAAUAUAAUAUCUAAACCUAGGACAUAUUGGAGACAGGAAAAUAUAAUAUCUAAACCUAGGACAUAUUGGAUACAGGAAAAUAAGAUAUCUAAACCUAGGACAUAUUGA